CAGGUCCUGACAGCCACGUUUCAUCUUCAAUGCCCUUGCUGAUGGAAGGAGGUUUUCACUCAAUCUCACGAUACAUGGCCCCAUUCAUUCUUUCCUUUACACGGAUCAGUCAUCCUGGUCACUUUGCAGAAAAACAGCCCCAAAGCAUGAUGUUUCCACCCCCAUGCUUCACAUUAGGUAUGGUGUUCUUUGGAUGCAACUCAGCAUUCUUUGUCCUCCAAACACGACGAGUUGAGUUUUUACCAAAAGUUAUAUUUUGGUUUCAUCUGACCAUAUGUCAUUCUCCCAAUCUUCUUCUGGAUCAUCCAAAUGCUCUAGCAAACUACAGAUGGGCCUGGACAUGUACUGGCUUAAGCAGGGGGACAAGUAUGGCACUGCAGGAUUUGAGUCCCUGACGGCGUAGUGUGUUACUGAUGGUAGGCUUUGUUACUUUGGUCCCAGCUCUCUGCAGGUCAUUCACUAGAUUCCCCCCGUGUGGUUCUGGGAUUUUUGCUCACCGCUCUUGUGAUCAUUUUGACCCCACGGGGUGAGAUCUUGCGUGGAGCCCCAGAUCGAGGGAGAUUAUCAGUGGUCUUGUAUGUCUUCCAUUUCCUAAUAAUUGUUUCCACAGUUGAUUUCUUCAAACCAAGCUGCUUACCUAUUGCAGAUUCAGUCUUCCCAGCCUGGUGCAGGUCUACAAUUUUGUUUCUGGUGUCCUUUGACAGCUCUUUGGUCUUGGCCAUAGUGGAGUUUGGAGUGUGACUGUUUGAGGUUGUGGACAGGUGUUUUUUAUACUGAUAACAAGUUCAAACAGGUGCCAUUAAUACAGGUAACGAGUGGUGGACAGAGGUGCCUCUUAAAGAAGAAGUUACAGGUCUGUGAGAGCCAGAAAUCUUGCUUGUUUGUAGGUGACCAAAUACUUAUUUUCCUCCAUAAUUUGCAAAUAGAUUCAUAAAAAAAUCCUACAAUGUGAUUUUCUGGAGAAGAAAAUUCUCAUUUUGUCUGUCAUAGUUGAAGUGUACCUAUGAUGAAAAUUACAGGCCUCUCUCAUCUUUUUAAGUUGGAGAACUUGCACAAUUGGUGGCUGACUAAAUACUUUUUUGCCCCACUGUAUAUACAUUUUUAUUUGUAACAAGAUACUUCAGAGAAUGGUAUUUUGUAUUUUCAAAAUAAUAAAAAUACUAUUCUUUCCCAAAAAAUGUAUAGCGGUUCACAGUUUUGUGGCCCAAUAUCACCCCAAAUUUGCUGCAUUGGUAUCAGAAGUCUUAUGAUAUGAGACCAUGGGAGCUGUUGUUGGAUGAGUGGAAGAACUUGAAAGAAUGUUGAAGCACAAGUAUUCACUUUAAGUAUGAGGAUAAUGCAGUGAAUUUGGUCCAAAAGUGGAUAGUAAACUUGACUCUGAAAGGGAACAAACACACUAUGUUAUUGCCACACUGUCACCGCACUCACUCUCAUUCAGGAAGUGGAUCCUGUGCCUCGACUUUCUUUCAUACACCUUUUCACCUCCUCCAGCACAUCUGAUUACGUCACGCUCACAGUAUUUGAGGUAACGGGGCCACAAAGUCCCGAAGACAAACAUAUAAACUAUAAAGAUAAUUUGGAAAAAUCCAAAUAACUUCACAGAUCUUCAUUGUAAAGGGUUUAAACACUGUUUCUCAUGCUUGUUCAAUGACCCAUAAACAAUUAAUGAACAUGCACCUGUGGAACGGCCGUUAAGACACUAACAGCUUACAGACGGUAUGCAAUUAAGGUCACAGUUAUGAAACUUAGGACACUAAAGGGGCCUUUCUACUGACUCUGAAAAACACCAGAAGAAAGAUGCCCAGGGUCCCUGCUCAUCUGCGUGAACGUGCCUUAGGCAUGCUGCAAGGAGGCAUGAGGACUGCAGAUAUGGCCAGGGCAAUAAAUUACAAUGUCCGUACUGUGAGACGCUUAAGACAGCGCUACAGAGAGACAGGACAGACAGUUGAUCGUCCUCGCAGUGGCAGAUCAUGUGUAACAACACCUGCACAGGAUCGGUACAUCCGAACAUCACACCUGCGGGACAGGUACAGGAUGGCAACAACAACUGCCGAGUUACACCAGGAACGCACAAUCUCUCCGUCGUUGCUCAGACUGUCUGCAAUGGGCUGAGAGAGGCUGGACUGAGGGCUUGUAGGCCUGUUGUAAGGCAGAUCCUCACCAAACAACACCGGCAACAACAUCACCUAUGGGCACCCACUGUCGCUGGACCAGACAGGACUGGCAAAAAGUGCUCUUCACUGACGAGUCGCGGUUUUGUCUCACCAGGGGUGAUGGUCGGAUUAGAGUUUAUCGUUGAAGGAAUGAGGGUUACGCCGAGGCCUGUACUCUGGAGCGGGAUCGAUUUGGAGGUGCGCUGCCGUUUGCCUCCUGCGUCUGCAUUUGGGUUUCGCCUUGUGCCCUUAUAGCACUCAGAGGCCUUUUAGGGUGAGGAGACUAUAGCUUCAUCCUGUGUGAAUUGUAGAGCACAGAAACUCAUCACAAGCUUCUAUAGGAAGUGGGAGAGGAAACCCUUCUCUUUACCAACCACUAACUCAGAACACAUGUUUGAUCUGCCCUUUUCUCCUUUUUCUGAAACACUAGUAGGUCUUAUGCAAGUCUAAUGUAAUGUCUAGCUAGCUAUAUGAUUGCCUAUAAAACUGUUGUGCUCCGUGUUAUAUUUCUGGGUAUGCACGACAUGCAUCUACGUGAGCUUGCAUAGCUCAGUAUGAACAUUUUUGCAACUGCUUAUGAAUGAACUGCAGCUUUUGUGCCGAAAUACCACGUUGCGUCGUGUGUGCGGUGUUUUGUGCAUGAAAGGGAAAAAGAGGGCGAGAGAGAGCAAAGAGUGAUUUCAUAUACUGUAUAAUGUUGUAUCUGGGUCAAGCUGUAUGUGCAUUUAAUACAGACAAUAAAUCAUGGUGCUGAAAUCACUGUGCUGAACUGCUCAAAUAACUAUCCAAGUGAAUCUGGUUAAAGUGAAGUUUUUGUUUUUUUGACAGACUGCAUGACCCCGUGGCUGCUUGUCAUAUGACAUCACUCUGAGAGGAUAAAGGCAGCUGCAUGGCCUGAAGUAAAAAACCAGAUCUGCAGGAUCUCAGCCAGUUUAGUCACUUUUGUUUUAUUACCUACGCCUAGGAAAGGAGGGGGGAGUGGGAGAGAAGUAAAUUUAGAAGGAAGAUUCAAGGUGGGGUUUGAGAGUUGGAGAAUACAAUCUCAUUGGAUUAAGAGUUCGGACAAGGGUAGGAAAGAGAGAAAGUGAGGAAAAGAGGGAGGAGUUGGUGAGAGAGGAAGAUUGAAAGAGAAAGAACAGGAGGGAGGGAAAGGGAGGGGCAGAAAUAGGCUCCAAAAAGCUUCAGUGUGUUUGUGCUCAGACAGCACAGGAAGUGGAGUGAGUGUUGGAGACGCAACCCGUUGCGUCAACUAUUUCACUGCCUUAUUUUUCCUCUUCUAAAUCUUCAUUCUCUGUGCGUUAUUUUGUUUUUUUGCUGAGCGUGUGUGAAAACUCCUUGUCGACACCAUGGAUAACUUCCAGACCGUCCUACGCUUUUUCAUGAACCAGAAGGCCACCAUUGGCUACAGCUUCAUGGCCCUCCUGACCAUCGGGGGAGAGCGGAUCUUCUCCAUGGUCUCCUUCCAGUGCCCCUGCAACCACGACCAGAACUUUGCAUACGGCCUGACCUUCCUGUUGGGCCCAGGCCUGGUGCUUCUGGUGCUGGGUCUUUUCUUCAGCAGCAGGCUGUGGCGCCUCUACACUGGCUGUUGCCUCAACCCCAUUAAGCUCUGCCCCGGUGGCAACUGUUUCACCUGCCUCAAGGUGUUUGUCAAAAUCUUCUUCGGUGCCUGUGUGGCCCCUAUCAUGUGGCUGUGUGUGGCACUGUUGAACGGGACCUUCUACGAGUGUGCCGUCAGCGGGCUGGAUAAUAACCUGGUGCUGGAUAUGUUCUGUAAGAACAGGACUUUGAUGUGCCGGGAGGAGCUGGCCCGUGUGCCCUGCAGCAAGUCCAAGCUGCCCAGUGACUUGAACAUGGAACUGUUGCUUAUGUUCCGGGCUCAGUCACAGAUACUGGGCUGGUGUAUCAUCAUCAUUUCAGCCGUUCUCGGGCUCCUCGGGACCUGCUACACCAACUGCCGCUCGAAGGUGAGCUACCUGCAGCUCACCUUCUGGAAGCACUACAUAGAAAAGGAGAAGGAGCAGUUUGACACAUUCUCAAUGGAGUACGCAUCCAAGCUGGCCGAGAGGAACCUGAAGAGCUUUUUUGAGAACCGUGAACCGGAAAUAUUCCCUUUCCCCAACCACAAGGCCUGGGAGGAGAUCUCAGGCCUCUACACCUUCUCCAAGAGUGAGCAGUACUACAGCACCCUGCAGAGGUAUGUGGAGCGUGAUGACCAGAGACUACUGCCCUGACAAAAGACCAGUCAUGGAGCUGGACCACGGCACAGAGAUGAGCUGAGAGAGCGGUGGAUAAUGGCAUAUAAAUGCAUAUCCAUAUUUCACGAACACUAGAUUGGGACAUUGUUUGAGACUUUUUCUAUUGACAGUGUAUGAAUGAUAGUAUAUCCUAUUUGUUUUACCUUUUAUAAAUGACACGCAGUAUAUACUAUAGGUUUAACUCACAGACUGAGGAGAGGCGUUGUUUCCUGCAUUUCCCCCAAAGCACUGACAUCUACACAGAACACCAUUCAGAAGGUUACUACCAGUGACACAGCAGUUAUUACCAAAGAAUGCAGCCAUUGCAGAAGUGGUGAAACAGCAGGGCUUCUUGUCUGAUGAUUUGAAAAAGUCUCCUCUGCCUCUCUUUGACAAGCCUUUGAGGCAUUUCAUUCACUUUACUGGUCGAUAAUGGUAGGAGAGAUGUAGUUGUAUAGUUUUAAUAUGGAAUUUUGUAUGUAAUAUUGCACCACGAUAGAGUUGUAACAUGCAAUUUCCUUGAAAUGUUUACACAAUGCAAUGCUUGUAGAAUUUUGUCAACUUGAGCACAACCUUAAAGUGUCUUUCUAUGACGGUACAAGUGAAGCAGCUCACUUUAUGUUGCAUGGUAAUUUGAUGAUAACUAGUCUUGUCCAAGCAAUACGUUUAGGUCUGCCAUUACUGCCUUCCUGUUCAGUUAUUAAUGUCCAUAGUAGUCAGUAACUCACAAAUGAAGAGGUAAUUAAUCAUGUAUGACAUACGGGAUAUUCUCACUGGAUUCUACAAAAGAUUUCGUGGCCCCUGUUUUUGUGGCCCCUCCUCUUCUUUCGAACAUCUGUAAAACCAUGUAAUGUGUAAGCGCUAAAUUAACCUGUACAUAGAACCUUAUUUGUACAUGUUGCAUUAUGCCUGAUUAAACCAUUUCAGGGUGGUGAGUUUGUGUGUAAAACCUGUCCACAUUCCACCGUGUUUGACUAAGGGGAGAAUGCAGCCAUAUCGGUGUAGUUGCAGUGCCUUCAGAAAGUAUUCAUACCCCUUGACCUGAUCCACGUGUUGUUGUGUUAAAACCUGAAUAAAACAUUUGUUAAACAGA